UCAAGAAAAUCGUUGUUACAAUCAAGAUGACUUCUUUUUCCAAGAAAAAAACAAAGCUUUCCAAAAAAGAAGCUAAUGAACUUGGCAGCUUCUUUUAUUCUAUCCUAGCUAAACUUCUAUUUCUCAUCCCUAUUACAAUCCUUUUCUUGCUUCUAAUCUUCUUAUGGUCGUCUUCGUCCACCAUUAUUUCAGGUAAAAUCAUUCAUCUUUGCUUCCAAUCGCGUAAACUCAAUGAUCUUUAUUGCAUUUCUGCUGGCACUCAAUCAAAUCUUGAUGUCCAAAAUUCCCUUUCAAAUGGUAGUUUCCCAUCCGUUAACGGUACUACAACACAGUUUAUCGAUGACUUGCAACAAAAAUCAACACGUCUUGGCAUACCGAUCCCACCAGGGUACCAUGCUUUUAGAAAUGGCAUGGUUAAAAGCGACGAGGAAUUGCUAGUAGCUUAUAACGACGUGGAGGAUCAAUUAGAGGUGCAUCGAUCAUGGACAUCAUCAACGAGCCAAAACCAUAACGUGACAAAAUGUGAUGGUAGGGGAAUUUAUGUGUAUGAAUUGCCAACAAAGUUCAAUAAAGACUUGGUGUCUCAAUGUGCUGAUAUGAUUCCAUGGGUUGAUUUAUGCAAUUAUUUCAGCAACGAUGCAAUGGGUGAGCCAGUACAAAAGCUAGGAAAAGGAUGGUACCAAACUCAUCAGUAUUCAUUGGAGUUGAUAUUUCACUCAAGGGUAAUGAAUCAUCCUUGUAGAGUACAGAACAAAAGUGAAGCAGAGCUAUUUUAUGUGCCUUUCUAUGGUGGACUUGAUGUUUUGAGAUGGCAUUUCAAGAAUGUGUCAAAUGAUGUCAAGGACUCUUUGGGGCUAGAACUUGCAAAGUGGCUCGAGACGCAGCCAACUUGGUUUAAGAGAUCAGGUAAAGACCAUGUCUUUGUUCUUGGAAAAAUUUCUUGGGACUUCAGGAGGUAUAGCAACUCAAAUUGGGGAAGUAGGUUCUUGGAGCUAGACGAAAUGCAGAAUCCAGUCAAGCUUUUGAUAGAACGACAACCGUGGCACCUUAACGACAUAGGGAUACCUCAUCCAACUUUUUUCCAUCCACAAUCGGACGAUGACAUAAUAACGUGGCAGUUAAAACUCAUCAAGGAAAACCGCAAAAGCCUAGUGAGCUUUGCUGGUGCACCAAGGCCUGAUGCACUCGAAAGCAUUAGGUCAAUCUUGAUCAACCAAUGCAUUUCAACCGGGGAAUGCAAAUUCUUGAAUUGUAGUUCGGGUGCAUGUGAUCAACCAGAGUCUAUCAUCGAGCUGUUUAUGGAUUCUGAAUUCUGUUUACAACCACCAGGUGAUAGUCCAACACGAAAGUCAGUGUUUGAUUCAUUGAUAUCCGGUUGUAUACCGGUAAUAUUUGAUCCGUUUACAGCAUACUAUCAAUAUCCUUGGCAUUUACCGGAAGAUCAUAAAAGAUAUUCUGUUUUCAUCGAUCAAGAAGAUGUGAGGAACAUGAAAGUCAAUGUUAUGGAAAGGCUCAUGAAAAUUACUGCAAGGGAAAGACAAAAUAUGAGAAGGUAUAUAAUUUAUGAAUUGUUGCCUGGAUUGGUGUACGGAGAUCCGAAAUCUAAGCUGGAGAAAUUCCAAGAUGCAUUUGAUAUUACAAUGAAUAAUCUGAUUGAAAGGUUGACUAGAUUGGAAUUAUGA